GGGGACGUGGCAGCCCCUCUGUCAGGGCGCUGCCUUGCCUAGCUGGAACAUGACUCAAAGGGAUAACUUCAGAUGUUACAUUUUAAGGGCACAGAGGCCCUGUCAGUCACAUCCAGCCCACUCGGUUACUGUGGGAGCACAACUCUAGAAGGUCAUUGAGCCCGGGCCUCUGCCAGCACACCUGCCACUGCACCGAGAGCAAGCGGACUUUAAAUAACCCUUUUUGUGCCUUUCCUGUCCACCUGUCGUGGAAGAAGUUGCAGCCUCAUAGUUAGACUAGCUCUGUUUUGCUCUUAAAGUAACAGCUGAGCCACUCUUUUCCAUUAAAAAUGCAGCAUAUCCUUCACAAACGAAUAUUAUGGUACAGAUCAAGCCAGGAAGCAAGUACAGCUUUGAGGAACUUGGAACUUGCCUUUUGUAAUUUGUUUUCCAGUCACACAAUAUUCUCACAUUCUCCCUGCCUCUAUUUCUUUUCCUCCUCCUCAAGUUGCCCUUCUAGUGUACUUUUCAGCAAGGCCUGGAUUAGUUCUCAGAGCUCUUACUGGAGUUUCCUGAUUCCCGUUCCCACCUGUUGCUUCCAAACCCCAACUGCUUUUUCUUUUGUAUUCCCAGCUGUCACUUCCCACCAGCUAUGUCUUUGCUUCCAUCACCACCCACAACCGCUGCAGCAUGUCCGUGAUUUGCAUUGUGCUUCCCCCUGCAAACAGCAGGAGAGAGGAGCUGCCGUCCGUUCAUCCUCUGUGCUUGCCCAUACAGCAAUGAGCACUGCUAGACACAAAAGGAGAGCAAAGCUCUGCAACUUUAUCAAUGCAAGAUUAUCGACUCCUUCCCUAGAGCUUCCCAAGGCCUUCCUGAAGCUCAGUGCAGUGAGAAAGCUUCUCAUGCUCUGGUUGCAUCUCCCAAGAACAAUUAAUACGGAUGUCUUCACAUUCAGACAAGAAAAGCUGCCAGACUGGGAAAAUUUCUACAGCAGAAGCUGCGGUACAGUCGCAGACUAGUCAGGAUGCCAGUGUACAAACGGAUCAAAGUAUAGAUGCAGCCGAAGCCUUCCAGCAAGAUGUCCAAGUAGAUUACACUAGCCUUCUACUAUUCCUUCAGAGAGUGGAGGAUGUUGUUAUCAAAGAGCUGAAUAAAAACUGGACAAGUCAUGCCUUUGAUGGCUUUGAAGUGAACUGGACAGAUCAGAAUGAAGCAGUGCUGUGUUUGCAUACGUUGUCAUACCCCGAGGCUCAGGAUCAACACCUGCAGGUUACCAGCAUCUCGUGGAAUGCAACUGGAUCCGUUCUUGCAUGCUCGUAUGGCCGGUUGGCUUAUGGGGACUGGAGCACAGAAAAAUCCUACGUUUGUACUUGGAAUCUGGACAGAAGAGGGUUGGAUCCAAAACACCCUGACCUAGUGGUGGAUGUUCCCAGUUCUGUCCUGUGCCUGGCUUUCCAUCCCUCCCAGCCUUCACUGAUAGCUGGUGGCCUGUUCAGCGGGGAGGUGGUGGUGUGGGAUACCAGCAGAAGAGAAGACCCUUUGAUCUGGAGGACGGGGCUGACUGAUGACACUCACACUGAUCCCGUCUAUCAGGUGAGCUGGUUACCUGAUGCCAAGCACAGAAACCACGUCCAGCUGCUGAGCGCAUCGACAGACGGAAAGGUGCUGGUGUGGAGGGAGGAGCGUGACGGGCAGCUGGCCUUGGCUGAAGGGUUUGCGCUGGUGGCUCAGCAGAUCCCUCGUAUUGCUCAGCUGAAGAAGCUCAUGUGGGGAGAGGUGGCUGUGGGUGUGACCUCGCUCUCCUUUUCACACUUUGAUCCCCGCAUGUUCAUUGUUGGUGUGGAAGGCGGCUACUCACUGAAGUGCUCCAUGGCAGCAGAGACUCCGGCUCUCCACCGGACGGGUUCCUCGGUCCUGCUCAGGGCGCCAGCAGAGCUCGCCUUCUCCCCCCACGGUGGGCCGGUGUACUCCGUGAGCUGCUCCCCCUUCCACAGGAAUCUCUUUCUGAGCUGUGGGACUGACGGACAAGUUCACCUGAACUCCAUGCUGCAGACACAACCCCUCCUUUCGCUUCAGUUAUCCAAGAAGUACCUCUUCUGCGUACGCUGGUCUCCAGUUCGGCCACUGGUCUUCGCAGCUGCUUCCGGGGAAGGAGACGUGCACCUGUUUGAUUUUGCGAAGAGCUCCCAGAAGCCUGCUGUUUCCAUAAAGCAGGCUGCGGCUGAAUGCCCUGUGUACUGCUUGGAAUUCAACAUCAAGCAAACUCAGCUCUUGGCAGCAGGGGAUGCUACCGGUACAGUCAGAGUCUGGCAGCUGAGUUCUGACUUUACGGAGCAGGGACCCAGGGAGAUGACUCAUCUGGAGCAGCUGGCAAGCGAGACCACAGACUGAAACACUGGAACAGCAACGGAACCAGCUGCGGGGAGCUUGUAACUACUCUGCCUCCACAAAAAGUUCCCAUUCACCUGUUCCACAGCAUUAACCUGCAAAACAUGUAGCUAUGGUCACAGCUGGAGUUUCAUCCACAUCAGUGAAAUUUGCAUUUAACCAUUAAACACGAGAUGAUGUGGUUCGACCAGUAACUUUUA